CGCGUCACUCCGCACCGGCGCGGUGGCUGCGGGGCGGGCAGGAGCCGGCACAGCCACCCAGCGCCGCCCGCUCGCGCCGCCCUCUCCGCCCCCCGCGCCCCCCGCACCCCCCGGGGCGGGACCCUCUGCGGGGGAUGCCGGCCGCGCCCCGCGCCCCCAGCCCCGGGCAGCCCCCUGCGCGCGGGGACCCCGGGUGGCCGCGGCCGGGCGCGCCGAGCUGGUGCUGAAGGGACAGCUCCUGGUGCUGAAGGGACAGCGCCCGGCCCGGCCCCGCGCGCCCAGCCCGGGCGGCUCCGGGUCCCCGAGGCCGAGGUCGGGCUGGGAGGCCGGGGAUGCCCCGCGGGUGAGGCGCCCCCGCCCGCAGCUGCGUUCAUGGCGGUGGCCAGGAGGAUCAAAACUUUGCUGACGGUCAACAUCCUGGUGUUCGUGGGCAUCGUCCUGUUCUCCGUGUACUGCCGCCUGCAGGGCCGCUCCCGGGAGCUUGUGCGCAUCGUGGGCGCCGCCGACCGCCGGGUGCGCAGCCGGCACGCCAAGGUGGGCGCGCUGGGGGAGCGCGAGGCCAUCCUGCAGCGCCUGGACCACCUGGAGGAGGUGGUCUACAACCAGCUCAAUGGCCUCGCCAAGCCCAUCGGCCUGGUGGAGGGGCCGGGGGGCCUGGGCCAGGGCGGCUUGGCGGCCACCCUGCGUGACGACGGCCAGGAGGUGGAAGGCAGCUAUGAGGAGUUCGGGUACAACGCCCAGCUCAGCGACCGCAUCUCCCUGGACCGGAGCAUCCCUGACUACCGGCCCCGAAAGUGCCGACAGAUGACCUACGCCCGGGACCUGCCCCAGGUCUCUGUGGUCUUCAUCUUCGUCAACGAGGCGCUGUCGGUCAUCCUGCGCUCCGUGCACAGCGUGGUCAACCACACGCCCUCCCGGCUGCUCAAGGAGGUCAUCCUGGUGGAUGACAACAGCGACAACGUGGAGCUCAAGUUCAAUCUGGACCAGUACGUCAACAAGCGGUACCCGGGCCUCGUGAAGAUCGUCCGGAACAGCCGGAGGGAAGGGCUGAUCCGCGCCCGGCUGCAGGGCUGGAAGGCGGCCACCGCCCCGGUCGUCGGCUUCUUCGACGCCCACGUGGAGUUCAACACAGGCUGGGCGGAGCCCGCGCUGUCGCGCAUCCGGGAGGACCGGCGUCGCAUCGUGCUGCCCGCCAUCGACAACAUCAAGUACAGCACGUUCGAGGUGCAGCAGUACGCCAACGCCGCCCACGGCUACAACUGGGGCCUCUGGUGCAUGUACAUCAUCCCGCCGCAGGACUGGCUGGAUCGCGGCGACGAGUCGGCGCCCAUCAGGACCCCAGCCAUGAUCGGCUGCUCCUUUGUGGUGGACCGUGAAUACUUCGGGGACAUCGGGCUGCUGGACCCCGGCAUGGAGGUGUACGGCGGUGAGAACGUGGAGCUGGGCAUGAGGGUGUGGCAGUGUGGCGGCAGCAUGGAGGUCCUGCCCUGCUCGCGCGUGGCCCACAUCGAGCGCACCAGGAAGCCCUACAACAACGACAUCGACUACUACGCCAAGCGCAACGCCCUGCGCGCCGCCGAGGUGUGGAUGGACGACUUCAAGUCCCACGUGUACAUGGCCUGGAACAUCCCCAUGACGAACCCAGGGGUGGACUUCGGAGACGUGUCCGAGAGGCUGGCCCUGCGCCAGAAGCUGAAGUGUCGCAGUUUCAAGUGGUACCUGGAGAACGUGUACCCGGAGAUGAGGACGUACAACAACACGCUCACGUACGGAGAGGUGAGAAACAGCAAAGCCAGUGGCUACUGCUUGGACCAGGGAGCGGAGGACGAUGACCGAGCGAUCCUCUACCCCUGCCACGGGAUGUCCUCCCAGCUGGUGCGGUACAGCGCUGACGGCCUGCUGCAGCUGGGGCCUCUGGGCUCCACGGCUUUCCUGCCCGACUCUAAGUGUCUGGUGGAUGACGGCAGGGGCCGCACGCCCACCCUGAAGAAGUGCGAGGAUGUGGCACGGCCAGCACAGCGGCUGUGGGACUUCACCCAGAGCGGCCCCAUUGUGAGCCGGGCCACGGGCCGCUGCCUGGAGGUGGAGAUGUCCAAAGACGCCAACUUCGGGCUCCGGCUGGUAGUGCAGAGGUGCUCGGGGCAGAAGUGGAUGAUCAGAAACUGGAUCAAACACAGCCAGCACUGACCCUGCCUCCGCCUGGACCCGCGCGGGCCUCGGGAAGGCGCUGGGCUGAGCCUGGCACACGCGGCAGGGCUCCAGGUGCGGCCCGGACAUGGAGGCUGUGUCGGCCCCUCCUCAGACAGGCAGCUCUACUCGAGGGCGGGCGUCCGGGACAGCAGCACCCACUCAAACACGUGCCUUCUCCGCGGCACCUCCUGUCCCGGGACGGCCACCGCCUCUGCAUGUGACGCGGCCCCCAGGGAGGCCCCGGACCCCACGCAAGGCCACCCGGGCGCUCCCAUCCACAGGGUCCCAUGCUCCGGGCGGCCACGCAGCCCUCCCUCCGAGACCUAAGCCACACGUCACAACACAGCUGCUCGCAAUGGGUAAGGGCCGCUGGGGGACAAGGACGGUGGCAGCAGCCCCAUAGACAAACCCCAGGCCGGGUCUGGGAGGCUGGCGACUGCUUCAGAGACCAAAUAAAGAGCAGAUCAGGCGGCGGCCGUGUGUGUCUUGCUGGGAGCCGAGCUGGCAGCUGCGACUGCGGCCCAGUCCCACCUCUCCCUGCCACGGCCCCUCACCCAUUUUUAUAAAUAAAGUUUUACUGGCGCCCAGCCACGCUCAUUGCUUACUAUUGUCUGUGGCCACCACUUCUGGGCUUUCGGCGCAGAGUCAAGCAGUGGCCACGUGGCUCACAAAGCCCAAACACGGACUCCGGCCGAUUAGGAAAUCAGUUGCCGACGGCUGUGCUGGGAUGUGGCCUGGGAGGCAGCCUUGCCAUGUCCUCGGUACCAGCUGUGGGGCGACAGGGUGAGGGCCGUGGCCUGGUGCUGCUCACAUCCCUCGUCACUGCCAAGCACCUCCCCCGCUGCAAAGGAGGCUGGGAAAUGUCUCAUGGGUCAGACGUGUGUCCCCCUAAAAUCCAGGGUUUGACAUUAAGAGGGAGGAGAGUAGAAGGGACAUUGGUGAAAAUCAGCCCCUGCCCCAUGACAGAGGGGCCGUCCCCGCUCUGUUCUCGGCCACUGACACUCACAGCUACUGCGAGAGCUGCGGGCUGGUUCUCCGCGCCUGGAGCCACAGGGGCCGUGGCUGGGCCCCAUGCUCAGAUCCCCAUGGGAGCCAAAUCGCCAUCUCCGGGGGGGAUCACACUCCAGCCACUCACUCCUCCCUCCACCUGGAGGUGGGCGGCUCCUGCCGUCCAGACGGUGCGGGACCCCGGAGCCCGUGUGGCUCCUCUAGCAGACAAAAUGCCAGGGUCCAAAACCCAGCCAAGCAGCUGUGCCCUCAGGGCGGUCUGCUGCCCCACCUUGCAGUGUCCUGGGCAGAAACUGUGGGCCCUGUUGGUGACUUCCAAGUUUCUCACAGAGUGACCUGAGAGCAGCCAGUAGGAUUUCUAGAUGGCAGGGCUGCUGGGGGUGCCUGAGGACCUAACCCAUCCUCGCCCGGGAGCAGCCCCACAGCCCACCCUCCAGGGACACCAGCCAUCCAGCGCUGUCCCCAGACGAGCAGCCACAGGCCCGCAUCCCAGCGGAGUCUUUCUGGGAGAGGACUUGUUACCCGGUGCUGCCUCGGCCUCAGGCCCACGAGAGAAACCUUCCCCAAGGUCAGCGCUGCUCUGUGCUCUCAGCCCUGGCCAAAGAAUCAGAACAAGCAGGUGCCACCACUCUCAACACAGACACGGAGCCACCCCGGCUGCCACCUGUGCAGACACCAUGAGCUCCACACGGCCAGAAAAACGGAGAUCACAUUCCCUGCAGCAACAGACGCCGCUGGAGGCCGUCGGCCUGACAACAGGAACAGAAAACCAAAACCACACGUUCUCCCCGUACGUGGGAGCCGAGCACUGCAUGUACACGACCCAGAGGAAUGGCAGACACCGGUGAUUCCCAGGACAGAGGGAGAAGGACAAGCGCUGGAAAGCCUGUCAGGAGCCACACUCACUCCCUCGGUGACGGGGCUGCCGAAAGCCAGAACCUCAGCAUCACGCGACAUACACACAGGACAAACCCACACGUGUAUCCCUGGACCUGAAAUUUUUUUUAAAUGGGCCGGGUGCGGGGGCUCACACCUGUAAUC